CGGAGUUCCGCCAUUUUAACUUCCUGCUUCCACGGGAGACGCCGCCGUGGCGUAUCACUUCUUGUCAAAAGCGCCAGCUAGUUUAUCUGAGCAGAAGGAGCUGAGUUCGUUCGGUUUUGUGUUUCUACAGGAGUCUGAGUACCCGCCUCGCGCUCGCUCCAGACAUAUCGUGCCGCUCAGUUUCAGUUGAAGAGUCGCAAUGCCGAGCCACCCGCUCCGUGUGGCGGUUGUGUGCUCGAGCAACCAGAACCGCAGUAUGGAAGCGCACAGUAUCCUCAGUAAACGAGGAUUUGAAGUGCGAUCAUUCGGGACCGGUACUCACGUGAAGCUGCCUGGUCCGGCUCCGGAUAAGCCUAAUGUGUACGACUUCAAAACCACUUAUGAACAGAUGUACAACGACUUGGUCCGCAAGGACAAGGAACUAUACACACAGAACGGCAUCUUGCACAUGCUGGAUCGCAACAAGCGCAUCAAGUCCAAGCCGGAGCGCUUCCAGCAGUGCAAGGACAAGUUCGACCUGGUCGUCACCUGUGAGGAGAGGGUUUAUGACCAAGUGCUGGAGGAUCUGAACUCGAGAGAACAGGAAACUAUGCAGCCCGUGCAUGUGAUCAACGUAGACAUUCAGGAUAACCACGAGGAAGCGACUCUGGGUGCCUUUCUCAUCUGUGAGCUGUGUCAAUGUAUCCAGCACACCGACGACAUGGAGAAUGAAAUCGACGAGCUCCUGCAAGAGUUUGAAGACAAAAGUAACAGGCCUUUCCUUCACACCGUCUGCUUCUACUGACACACGGAGGGCGGUUUGCAAUAAAAACCAGGAUCCAGAGACAGAACAUGGACGCCCCCUGACCUGUGUGUCUGCAGGACCUCACACGGCGUCACGGUGGUGAGGGUGGGGUUUUCCUCGUGAAGAGGACGGACUUGCUGCUCUCUCUUUGCCUUUACCCUUCCAGAUCAAGGUUAGCUUAAAUCCCAGAUCUCAUGAAAUCACACAAACGUCUCCUCAGGGAGCGCCAUGACAACCACACUUCAAAAAGCCCAGUUUCUUUGAGUUUAGUAUAACGCACUUCUGAUUAUUAUUAUUAUUGUUUUGGUAAUUUUAAUUCAUUUAAGUAUUUAGGACAUAUUUUAAUUCAGAGCUGGAACAAGUGUACGAGUUUACACACGGGAAGCAGAAAGAAAGUUUUUGUUGCUCUUAUGUUAAAAUUAUAACUAAGUGGGAGGGGCUUAUGAAGAAUAACCAAACAUGGAUUGUGUUAUUUCAGAUAUUUAAACUCGACAUGCUGUCUUUCAGGGCAUAGUGUUUGUUGUUUUUCUUUUGUAAAUGUUUAAUAAUGGACUCAUUGUAAUUAUUUCGACGCUGUGAGCUCAGCUCUGAGUGCCUGAUUUUUCUCUGUAAAUAGGAAUCUGAUAAAAGGAUUAUCUCAAAGGAA